GUUCCUCACUCUGAGGACAAGGUUCCUCACCCUGAUUACAAGGUUCGUCACACUGAGGACAAGCUUCCUCACUCUGAGGACAAGGUUCCUCACUUUGAGGACAAAGGCUCCUCACACUGAGGACAAGGUUCCUCACACUGAGGACAAAGUUCCUCACUCUGAGAACAAGGUUCCUCACUCUGAGGCAAGUUUCAUCACUCUGAGAACAAGGUUACUCACUCUGAGGACAAGGUUCCUCAUUGUGAGGACUAGGUUCCUCACACUGAGGACAAGGUUCCUCAUUCUGAGGACAAGGUUCCUCACACUGAGGAGAAGGUUCCUCACUCUGACGACAAGGUUCCUCACUCUGAAGACAAGGUUCCUCGCUCUGAGGACAAGGUUCCCCACUUUGAGGACAAGGUUUGUCACUCUGAGGGCAAGGUUCCUCCCACUCCGGACAAGGUUGCUCACUCCGAAGGCAGGUUCCUCACUGUGAGGACAAGGUUCCUCACUCUGACUACAAGGUUCCUCACACUGAGGACAAGGUUCCUCACUCUGAGGACAAAAGUUCCUCACACUGAGGACAAAGUUGCUCUCUCUGAGAACAAGGUUCCUCACUCUGAGGACAAGGUUCAUCACUCUGAGGACAAGGUUCCUUACACUGACAACAAGGUUCCUCACUCUGAGAACAAGGUUACUCACUCCGAGGACAAGGUUCCUCAUUGUGAGGACAAGGUUCCUCAUUCUGAGGACAAGGUUCCUCACUCUGAAGGCAGGUUCCUCACAGUAAAAACAAUGUUCCUCACUCUGAGGACAAGGUUCCUCACUCUGAGCAAAAUUUUCUCACUCUGA